CCACCGAGCCCCUCUACUUUCCCAGGCACGCUCUCAAAGUUUUGACUUUUUGCAGCAAAAGACAGCAGGUUGAUGAAAAUGUUUUAUUAUCUUCCAGAUCUUCAUGUGAACUACCCAGAAAGACUCUCUUUUUAUUUAUAGAUUUCAAAAACACUCUCAUUGAAAGGACACCGCUCUGUUGUAGGCUAUCAUGGCAUAUUUGCAAGAACUGAAAGAAGGGAAUGGAUUUUGCCAGAGGAGAUGGGUAUGAAGCUUCGGUAUAGCUGAUUGGGAUUUUUUAGAGAAAAGUUUUUUUUUCUUCUUCUAAAGGCUUGAGUAUUUUUUGUUUUUUUCCUUUCUCUCCGUCAUUCGCGGCUGUUCUACGUUUGUUUUUACGUUUUGCUCGGGUCUCCACCGUCUUGCUUCUUGCGCAAUAUUUAGUUAAAGUUGUAGUUUCUUGGUAAUGUUAGCGGUGGGGCAAAUGGACGGGUCUCGCCAAAGCGCUUUCCUACUCAAUACCCCACCUUUGGCUGCUUUACACAGUAUGACCGAAAUGAAGACUCCACUUUACCCAGCCUACCCGUUAUCUUCCACUGGACCAGCAUCCUCCACUUCACCGACAGCUACCUCUCCGAAUCCAGGUGGUAUCCCGGUCUCGUCCCCGGGGAUCAAAAUAUCCACUGGAUUUUCGACUUUCGGUGCUCAGUGCUCAAUCGCCACACCUCACGGAAUAAACGACAUCCUCAGUCGACCCUCGAUGUUCACCGGAGCGGCGGCGGCGGCAUCUUCUCCCGCUGGAAUCUUGUCUGGACUGCCCCGUUUCAGCAGCCUGAGCCCUCCGCCACCUCCAGGGCUGUAUUUCAGCCCCAGUGCCGCGGCCGUGGCGGUGGCUCGCUAUCCGAAACCUCUGACAGACCUUCCAGGCAGAACCCCGAUAUUCUGGCCUGGAGUUAUGCAAAGCCCUCACUGGAGAGACGCCAGAUUUGCAUGUUCGCCACAUCAUAACUCAGUGCUGCUGGACAAAGAUGGGAAAAGGAAACACACGCGACCAACGUUUUCCGGGCAGCAAAUAUUUGCCCUGGAGAAAACAUUCGAGCAAACGAAAUAUUUAGCUGGACCUGAGAGAGCGCGGUUGGCCUACUCUUUAGGAAUGACAGAGAGCCAAGUCAAGGUGUGGUUUCAAAACCGAAGAACAAAAUGGAGAAAACGGCACGCGGCUGAAAUGGCCUCGGCGAAGAAAAAACAAGAUUCAGAGACCGAAAGGCUGAAAGGGGCUUCGGAAAAUGAAGACGACGACGACGACUACAACAAACCUUUAGAUCCAAAUUCGGACGAUGAAAAAAUAACGCAGUUACUGAAAAAACACAAACCAAAUUCAGCUCUUAUCAUUCACACGUCGGAAAACGAGAGCUCAUAAAAUGGAAACGGGAAAUGGGUUGUCAAAUCCUUCAAGAAGUGUCAAAAAAUAAUGUAGGCUACUGUUUUUUUCACCAAGUUUGGGCUCUGGUUUGAGAGGAAGGAUGCAAAUCAGAGGAAUAUGCACUAUUGGUGGAGCUGAACGUGCAUCUGUGUCUGCAAUAGACACGUUUCAACACAUAGACAACGGUACUUUUUUUGUAAAUUAACGGCGUGAGUUGUAUCGCAUAGGAAUUAUAUUACUGUGAAUAUUUAUGUGUAAAAUAUUUUGAAUAGUAAACAU